AAUAACGAUACCGUUGACCUAUUAUUUGGAAUACUUUGCUUCACCGAGGCAAAGGUGACUGUUUGAAAACGCAAGUUAAAAUGUCUAAAAGGGAAUUUCCUUUCGAUGAAUCCUGUCCAAUGCAGCUCAAGACUCAUGUGAACACUACUGAAUUCGAGAAGUCGAACAAUAUGGAGAACAUCUACACGAAAACACUUGAAGCGUUACGAGACGGAAUGGAGAGAUACGAGAACGGUGAAAUUAAGGAAGAAAUAGCGAACGAAAGCAUUAACUGUGAUCGUUGUCGUCAAACAAAAACUGGCCGCGGUGUAAAGUGUGCGUUCUGUGAACGGAACGCGUGUGGCGACUGCAGACGACAGUGUGCACACUGCGACAAAAUGUUUUGUCUUUUGUGUUUGGUGGCCAACUAUGAUGAGAGGUAUGUACGAUAUUUCUGUCUCGGAAAUUUCCCAGAAUAAGAUGCUGGAUUACAUCAUAACAGAACAUUGGGGCUAUUCAUGUGAAACAAAUAACUUGGAACUCUUACAGAGAACACUUUUCAUUUGGACAAUUAUAAGCAGAAAUCAGUAAAAAAAAAUGCAUAUUUUACCCAUUAAAAUGGCCCCUACUGUUGUAGAGCACAAGAUACUAUGUCUGUUAAAUUGUAAUAUCUAGUUAAUGUUUUCACCUUUUGAAAAGAACCAAAAGCUUAUCUUGUAUACUGACAUACUACAGGUCAAAAACAAUUGAUCUGUGAAGUUGAUAAAAUGAUAAACAACUUGUCAUUUGUAUUGCAAUGCAUUUGGUCUGAUUUUGCAUGAAUUCGACAAACCAGUUGAGUGUUUGAAAAAAACCACCUAUCAAUCAUGUUGUUCCACAUUGUAAUUGAAAAGGAUUCUCUCUGACUUUUUGGCAAAAUAGUCUUGUCUUUUUGUGUAACUUUCGUAAAGGGCUGUUAAGCUAUAUUGCAGUUUCAUCUGUGAAUUUUUCCAAGUAAUGGGAAUAUUUAUUUUCUUUGUUGAAGGGAAACACCACAGUUUGAGGUAGUUUAUGACAAUGAACCUUUGUUAUUGUGGCACAGUUUCCUCAUGCCACUUAUUUAUACAGUCAAACUUAAAUGAAUUAACAGAACUAAACUUACUGCCAAGUACACUAAACCCUGAAUGAAUAAAUCUUACUCUGCAGGCAUGAUUACCUCACAAGAAUUAUUCCAAGUGACUCGGCAUAUUACACAACACCAUUUCAUUAACAGUAAAUUAUUUUAUUUAUCCGUGUUAAUCUGUGCUGGUAUUGUAGCAUACACAUAAUAAAUUUACCGAGCAUGAAAAGAUCUGUGUGGGUUUUACUUAAAACUCCAAUCCUUCAAACCAUUGCAUCUCUUCCAAAAAAGGUAUAGAUUGUGAGCAGUUUUUCUUUACCAAUGCUUCAAACCACACCAUCUUUAGACAAGUAUAUUUUUAGAAAGUAUUGUAAGCACUUUUCUAUUUUCUAACAAUUCAACUGUACCUUCUCCUCUAAAAGAGAUAUUUUUAAGUAUAGAAUGUGACCAGUUGCCUUCACUUUCAAUCAAAGGCUUUCAGCAACACUUUGUCAUGACUUCCUUUUCUGAAGACAAUGACUCGGCCAGAAUCCAAACUGACAUUUUCCAGAAUAAAACCACUAGCUUAAAACUUAACUGCCAUGCAAAUUUUCUUGGACUCAAGAAAAAGAUUCUGUGGAAUAAACAAAGGUAAGAGGUAUUUGAAUGAAGUGAAACGAAUCUUUCCGUGGCUAAGUUUUCAUACUGUAGCAAAAUUUUUCCCACCAAGACUGAAACCUUCCAUCCUUCCCAUCUAUCGGAUAUCCGUGCUGAUUCAACCUCAAGCACUAUAAGUAAGAGACUAAAUUUUCUAUGAAGCAAAGAGAAGUGGAAAUUUUCUCUAGUUGGCAAACGAGAGUGGCAGGAAAUCGAGUCCUUCAAGACCUUUGUGCCUGACAGCGUUAGUCGCCGUUCAGAAAUAUGAGUAAUUUGCCUCAGUGAUAUCGGUACACCGGAAGUUUGUAGCGAUAAAGAGCGAGAGGACUGGAAUAUAAUUCAAGAAAUUUCUAGUAUUAUCGUGAAGUUACUAAUUCGGUGAUGGAGCGGAUUUGGGAAACUGUCGAGAGCAUCUAAAUUAAGGGAAUGAGGUAAUAUACAGUAUAAAUCGAAAGACAAUAGCAAUGAUCAAGCAGUUUCAUUCUACCAACUGUGAAAUCAAGGAACCGUCCAUCGGUAAAAGGGAGGAGAUUUAAUUGAACGCGUCGUCACAAACAUGGACAACGAAGGAACGAUUUGUGAAAAUUGCAACAAACGAGUUCCCUCAGAAAAUUACGAAAUACACUUCGUACACUGCAAAAGAAACAUCGUAUCUUGUUCGCUGUGCGGAGAAGCGAUACUGAGGGGCGAAGAGAAACAGCACUUCGAGGAGAAUCAUGCAGAAAUAAACUGUGUUCAGUGCGGACAGAAAACAACGAGAAGUGAAGAAGGCAAUCACUUGGCCAAUGACUGUGGUAAGCGACCCAUUCCUUGCCCAUACUGUGAACUGAGGCUACCAAGAGAAAGAAUGAGAGAGCACCAAGAAUUCUGCGGAUCUAGAACGGAAUUCUGCCACGAGUGCAGUCGAUAUGUCUUGGUUAGGGACUUUGUUAAUCAUGAGAGUGCAUGCGAUGGAGGAAGUAACGAUAGGCGACUUGAUCUGCCCGUGUCCCUGCCUUGUGAAUUCUGUGGAUCGCUGAUGCAGCUAGAUGAACUUGAUGCUCAUCAACGUGAUUGCCAGCGUCUGGAGGAAACAGAAGAUUUACAUAUCCCUCUUGUUGUGGAAGAUGUUGAUGGUGUGUUUCGUGAAGUGGUACGAACGCCUGACCAUUUCACAAGCUCGGACACGGACGACGAUAUCGAAACCGAAAGUGAAGACAACAGCAUUGUUGCUCUACCUUGUGAAAUUUGUGCCGAGCUAUGUCCAUCUGAUAGACUGAUGGAACACCAGGAACAGUGUAUCCAAGAGAGAGAAGGCGUUCAGGGUUCUCGUACAGCCUCCGAAAGCGAAGAACCAUUGCACGGUAGCGAUCUGCCUCACUUCCGGUUCUCGAGACUGCAUCAAAAUCUGUUUAACAACGGUGGAGAAGGUGACUCCUUCACUUUUACGAAUUUUACAAUGGAAGGAGCCCGUUAUGAUCUCCUGGCAAACGUUUUCCGCGACAUGGAGGAUCCAAGAUGGCCAUUUGAAAUGAUGAGAAAUAUUUGGUCGCGAACUUGAAUGAGGAAACUGAUUGUGCAAGAGCUGACAUAUGCAAAUUUAACUCAUGUUUGUGUGUAAUAAGCUUGAGUAAGUGUAUAUGUAUUUUCUUUUUCUUGAGUAAGUAUAUAUAUAUUUUUUUUUUUUCUUACCGUGUUUUUGAAUUGGUUAGCCAAUAUGCAUCUCAAAAAUUUUGAAUACAUAUAUCUUAGGGGCCGACCAUUUAACUUUUGAGGGGGGGUGGGUGAUUU